AUGGCACAAAAUCACAACGAUCACUGCUUCCCAGGCGCAGAAAAUGCGACAGAGAGAUUUUGCGACUUCAUAGUCCGGACUCAGUUCGAGGAUAUCCCAGACCAGGCCCUCGCAAAACUCUUCAAUCUCGUCAUUGAUCAUAUCGGAGUGGGGGCCGGCGGAGGUGCCCAUUCGGAGUCGAGUGAGCACAUCAUCAAGGGCGUCGAGGCUUUCGCCAUGGGCUCGAUUGGAAAGAGUAAAGUCUACGGCAAAGAAAAGACUUAUCCCAUCCAAAUCGCAGCUUUGCUGAACGGGGCGUUUGCGCAUUCUUUCGACUACGAUGAUACGCUCGCUAUUGGUAUCAUUCACACUGGCGCAAGUGUCAUUCCCGCUGCCUUAGCGCAGGCCGAGGUGUCAGAUGCCCCUGGAACCUUACUGCUCACGGCGUUGUCCGUUGGGUACGAGGUCGCUUCUCGUCUUGGUCGUGCCUUGUCAAAUGGUGGAUACCCUCGAGGCUUCCACAACACCAGCACGGCCGGUAUCUUCGGAGCGGUCGCUGCCAUCAGCAAGAUCAAGGGCCUGACGUCUGCACAAGUUUACAAUGCGUUCGGCCUAGCGGGCUCCAAGACCGCUGGUUCGAUGCAGUUUCUCGACAAUGGAUCUUGGAACAAGCGAUUACAUCCUGGCUUCGCCGCCCACGAUGCCUUCCUCUGUGUUGCUCUCGCGGAGGCUGGCGUGACUGGGGCCUCUCACAUCGUUGAGGGCAAAUGGGGCUUCUUGCAAGCUCAUUCUGCAAACGUCAACGCCGUUGGAUUGACCGAAAGCCUUGGGAUGGAAUGGAUUUACCCAGCGACAGCACUGAAGCCUUUCCCCGCAUGUCGGUUUACUCAUACCGCCAUCGAAAUCACAGCAAGACUUGCCGCAAAGUCCGACUCACAGAAGCUGCCGGACAGAAUAGUCCUAGGGUUGACUCGAGCUGGAUAUGGCAUCGUUGGUGAGCCCAGUCCUAACAAGAAGCACCCCAAAACCAUCGUCGAUGCUCAGUUCAGCAUUUACUACCAAGUCGCUGUUGCGUGGCUAUUCGGUAGCGACAUUGGCUGGGGUGCAUACGAUACCGACAAGAUGGAGAGCAAGCAAGUUGCACAGCUGUGCGAUAGGAUUGAGGUCCAGAUCGACCACACACUCGGGAAAGAAUUUGAGGUGCGGAUGGCAUUUUCAGGCAUAGGUGGCGUAGGCGAUAUCGAAGAAGCGAUGGUGUAUCCCCUGGGAGAGGAUGAGCAUCCCUUUUCGCACGAGCGAGUUGAGAAGAAAUUCAGAGGCUUGACCGCGUCUAUCUAUGAUAGCGAUCGUGCGGGAAGGAUACUACAAGCUGUGCAGGGGCUUCCAGAGAGACAGGCAAAGGACUUGAUCGAUUUAUUGUGA